AGGUCUAGUCACUAUGCCCGGACUCACUUCACAUAUCCUCCUCACUAUCUCCUGCAAAGAUCUGGUCAGCAAGGACUACACCAGCAAGAGCGACCCCAUCUGCAUCGUGUACGAGCGAGCUGCCGACGGCGCCAAGCAGGAGGUCGGCCGGACUGAGUGGAUCAAGGACUGCAAGGACCCUGUCUUCCAGACCAGGAUCGACAUCCAGUACCUUUUCGAGAAGAAGCAGCGGCUUGUGUUCAACGUGCUCGACAUCGACGAUCCAGCGAAGGCGCUGGACGGAGAUGAGAUCGGGAGCAUAGAGUGCACGCUGUCCAAGAUCAUCGGCUCGGUCAAGGGCAAGCUGACGGACAAGCUCAAGCACUCCAACGGGAAGGAGACCGGGAGCAUCACGAUCAUGUCGGAGGAGCAGGGCGGGAGAGACAAGGACGUGAUGUAUGUGGAGAUGCGGGGGGUGAAGCUGGCGAACAAGGACGGCUUCAUGGGGAAGUCGGACCCAUACGUGAAGCUCAUCAAGCUUCGCAAGGAUGGAGACACUGUGGAAGUGUACCGUUCUGAAGCAAUCGACAACGACCUGAACCCCAAGUGGAAGCCCUUCACGGUGUCGAUGAAGGACUUGUGCAACGGGAAGCAAGACGAGAAGUUUAAGCUCGAGUGCUGGGACGAGGACCCAGCAACCAAGGACGACAUGAUCGGGUGGAUAGAGACCACGUUCAACGAGCUGGCGGAGAAGAAGACUGUUGGCCUCAACGAUCGCCCGGGAGGAAGCACCAAAGAGCCAGGCUCCAUCGCUGUAGACAGGAUCCACAUCAUCCGCUACCCCACGCUGUACGACUACAUCUCCAACGGCUGCGAGCUCACGGUCUCGGUGGCCAUCGACUUCACCAUGUCCAACGGAGACCCCGCGGACCCGAACUCGCUGCACUACAUCCAGCCGGACGGGUCGCUGAACCAGUACGAGCAGGCGAUGAUCGGAGUAGGAGAGAUCCUUGUCGAGUACGACCAGGACAAGAAGAUCGCGGUGUACGGCUUCGGAGGGGUCGUGGCGGGGCACUCGGAGGCAUCCCACUGCUUCCCCCUCAACGGCAACAUUAACAAGCCAGAGGUUGACGAUGUUGCUGGACUUCUUGCGGCUUACCGCAGCGCCAUCUCCUCCACCAAGCUCUACGGACCCACCAACUUCGCCCCGGUCAUCCAGCAGACUAUCAUGCAUGCCAGAGAGUGCAAGAAGCAGGCGUACCACGUGCUCCUGAUCCUCACGGACGGCGACAUCACGGACAAGCAGGAGACGAUCAAGGCCAUCGUGCAGGCCUCUCACGAGCCGAUGAGCGUCAUCAUCGUGGGGGUAGGGGAGGAGACCUUCGAGGAGAUGGUGAUGCUGGACGGGGACAACGGGAGGCUGGUGGACGAGAGCGGCAAGGCGAGCGACCGGGACAUCGUGCAGUUUGUACCCUUCGUAUCAGCCAAGAGCAAGGAGGACCUGGCGAGCAAGGUGCUAGGGGAGCUACCGGCGCAGCUACUCAAGUACAUGUGCAAGCACCAGCGGGUGCCGGCGUCAUGGGCGAACUCACCGUAUGUGCUGCCGGGGGGAGACUGGGCUAGAGGCUUGUAGGAUGUGGAUGGAGAGUCUUUGGCAAAGGAACUGAUGUAUGGUUCUCUUCAUUGUUCCUGGAGGUUCUCAAUAAUUUGAUCUUUUUUUUGUUGCUUUUUUUUGUUUGGCUCCAUCACCUUGUGGCUUUGAUUAGAUUUGAUCUCGAAUGGAG